UGCCUGUGGAAAAAAAAGUAAGAGAAGGUGAAGAAAUUUGAGAAAAGAGGCAAGGCAAUAGGUUUAAAUCAGCCUUGCUUUUAAAAUGAGUCUGUGCUCUAUGACUGUAUUCAUAAUGUGUACUGCAAAAAUAGUAAUUAUCUUAAAACCUUAAUAUUGAUAGUCCAACGGCCUCUACUAGAACAAUGAGCUGAUUGUUUAAAAAUAAAAUCUAAAGAGCUACAAUCAGGAAAAGAAAAGCUGGAGAAUCUUCUCUAAUCUUCUGCUCUACAGGUGGAUUUCCAAGAGACAGCAAUGGAAACGUGGUCAGUUGAACAGGUCUGCAAUUGGCUGGUGGAGAAAAACUUAGGAGAGCUAGUCCAUAGAUUUCAAGAGGAAGAAGUCAGUGGGGCCGCUCUGCUAGCACUUAAUGAUCGGAUGAUUCAGCAACUGGUAAAGAAAAUUGGGCAUCAGGCAGUUCUGAUGGAUUUAAUUAAAAAACACAAGCAGAAUGGCCAAGGACUGCAGACUCCUGGAAGCCCCAGAGCCACAGCCAUGGUCACACACACUGAACCGGCCCUACGAGAUGAACAGUCCUCCAGUCUAGCCAGCCAUGGGGAGCAGACACUAUCUUUUUAUCCAGCUGAUGACCUAGACAAUGGACUAAUAGACCAAAGAGUAUUGAAACAGAGAAGAAAUGUGAAGCUCCUUCCAGCCAGGAAUAAAGCACUGCACUGGACCAAGUCCUACAUCUUACCUGAGUUUCCCUAUGACGUCAAGUGCAUGCUGGCAGAACAGAAGUGUCCUGAUCACAGCAUGAGAAUAAGGAUCAUCGAGUUUCUCCAGGCUGACAUGACAAAGUAUCUGGAAGGCUCCCUGUAUCCCACCACCCAGCAGUACAAUGACGUGGUCGGUGCCCUGCUGCAAGCUCACCCUUUCCUGGAUGAUGAUGGCUGUGGCUUUCUUUUAUGGAAACGAGCUCUCAAAGAUCGUUUUAAGUAUGUUCGAAGACCUAUAGAAGAUGAUGAACAAGUGAUGAAAAAUAAAUGUAAAUUUGGACACCGACGAGGUCAAACAAGGAAAUCUCUUGCUGAUAUAAGGCAUGAUGAAAUUAAAAUUGCACAGAUGGAGGAAGAAAGUGUGAUUUUAGAUUCUGAGGUGGAUGAGCAUGUUAAAAGGCUCCAGCAAGAAUACAUGAAAACAGAAAAGAACUGGAGAGAAACUGACAAGAGAAUGAGCCAGACUUUGGGACUUAGAAGAAAGAUGAUCAGAAACAGAACACCUCGGAGAGAUGUUCUGAAAAUGUUUCUUUUCCUGAAGUGCCCUUACCAGAUGUUCAGAGAAGUCUAGCUUCUUACAGGAACAGAUAUUUACAACAAAUCAAGGCCCAUUUUGGAAUCCUAUUCAGAAAACAUACUGACUUCUUUUUCAGUGGUGGACAAUCCAAUUCAUAUUGCAUUCCAAGAAAAAAUAAAGCAGCACACAGAUGAAGACAUACUGAAACAUAUGAAGAUGACGGCUACAUGUUUCCUCCUCCCAAAUGUUUUUGGCGAUCCCAGCCUUUUUGUCAUUAUGAAGGACAAGGUAUGUGCAAGUGUCCAUACCUGUGUGAAAAACCCUUUCAGCAUCAAUGCCUGUGAAUUUUUUUUUUUUAUUUGGACAAAGAGGCUCACCAAGGUUGAUGAUUGUGUGGCCGUAGCUGCUCUCGUGGCUGCCCCUCACAUGUAUGGGAUCAAGCAUCCAGGAAGACUGUCCCAAACCCUAACCUUCCUAGAGAGACAUAGUUGAGACACUGAUUUUGCACAGCCCCCAUUUUCCUUCUUGAAAGACAAAGGAAAGGAAGCAGGAUUUCCACAUUCACUUCAGAGUGCGCUACAUACUGUCUCAGAACUUCCUGCAGAGCCAGCUGAAACUUUGUAAUAAGCUGUUUUGAUUUAUUGUUGUAAUAAAGGUUGAUAGCUGAAAAUCACCCUGUAAAAAUGCUAAUAAGUUUCA